AACUCCUCCCUGACCAUAUCCCCCUGGUCCGACUCCUCCUGGUCCAACUCCUCCCUGAACAUAUCCUCCUUGUCCGACUCCUCCUGGUCCAACUCCUCCUUGUCCUUGACCACCAUAUCCACCUGAAGAAUAAAGUCACCAGGACAAUUUAAACAGGUCACUCCUCAUGUUUACAGUAAAACUUCAAACUGUCGUGAAAUGGAACGGAAAACACAAAUGGUGCACACCUCCACCAGUUCCUGGUCCAAAACCCCCAAGACCAGCACCAGCUCCUCCUGGUCCAAUUCCUCCACCAGGCUGAAAUCCAGUCCCGGCUCCUCCAUAUCCUGCUCCGGUCCCACCUGGUCCAAAUCCAGUUCCAGGUCCUGCACCGGCUCCUACGCCAGCUCCAGCUCCUCCACCAGCAGGUGCUGAGCGGCUGCACACAUGCAGUGAAGAGGACCCACCUCCUUGCAGUGACGGUUUCCACAGAGCCAGGAGAAGGACUCCGUGUAGGGUACGAACGCCGAGGGAGGUUGAUAUCACGGAGAUGAAGCCGAUGACGGGUUACCAACAUGCUGUCCGGGAUGUGAGCAACAUGGCUGAACAGUGUUUUCCAGGAUGUCGGUGCAGCAGGCGACAGUCCAUGCCAAAUGGAUCAUCGGCAGAGUGAUUGGGACCAAGAUGUUCAAAACUGCCAAAGUGAGAGUCACAAGGCUGGUGCUGGACCCGUACCUGCUCAAGUACUACAACAAGAGGAAGACUUACUUUGCCCACGAUGCCUUGCGACAGUGCACCGUGGGAGACAUCGUCCUUCUCAAGGCUCUGCCUGAGGCCAGGUCCAAACACGUGAAGCACGAACUGGCUGAGAUAGUGUACAAAGUGGGACGGGUGGUCGACCCGCUCACGGGGAAAAGUGUGGCGGGAACUGAGUUUCGGGAGCCGCUGGCCGACCUUCCACUCAGUCCGGAGGGGGAGACGACAAUAACGGAGAAACUGCAGGAGCUCAACAUCUCUGCUGCUGCUCCGAGUGGAGCCGAGUCUCCGCCAGCACCAACUUCAGCUCCAUGAUAGAAAUCUCUGCUCUUCUGUUUCAGGUGUUCAUGUAAAUAUACGUCUAUAAACCAGUCAUCUUGUCACAUAUGUAUGGAUGGAUAGCCUGGAUAUUUUUCUUUCUCUUUUUUGCUGCCUGCUCAGGUAGUUUGAAGUCAUGACACAUUUUUGAAAACUUUAUAAUAAAAUUACAACAAACUUA